UAUGGGACGGAGGAGAGGGAAUGCUUCAAUUUAUGGUUUAUCUCUCCCUAUCUCCUUCCUCUUUCGGGUUCGGGAUAAUUGUAAAAGCAAAACGAUCUCAGAAGAAGACCUAAUGGUAAAAUUCAAUUAGAAUAGAUUUAAAAUUACAAAAAAAGAAAAAGGAAAGCAUGGGAAACAAAAUCGCGCGGACGACGCAGGCAUCGGCAUCAGAGUACUACCUGCACGACCUGCCGUCAUCGUAUAAUUUGGUACUGAAGGAGGUGCUAGGCCGAGGCAGGUUCUUCAAGUCUAUACUGUGCAAGCACGAUGAGGGAUUAGUUCUGGUCAAGGUUUAUUUCAAGCGUGGUGAUAACAUUGAUCUCACCGACUACCACCGCCGUCUCAUCAACAUCAAGGAUACCUUCCAUGGUCUUGACCAUCAUCACGUCUGGCCCUUCCAGUUUUUUCAAGAAACAGAUAAAGCGGCCUAUCUUUUGAGGCAAUACUUCUUCAAUAAUCUUCAUGAUCGAUUGAGUACUCGUCCUUUUCUCAGUCUCGUUGAAAAGAAGUGGUUGGCAUUCCAGUUGCUUCUUGCGGUGAAACAGUGUCAUGACAAGGGCAUUUGUCAUGGUGAUAUCAAAUGCGAGAAUGUGCUGGUUACUUCCUGGAAUUGGCUUUAUCUUGCUGACUUCGCCUCAUUUAAACCAACUUACAUCCCUUAUGAUGAUCCUUCGGAUUUCUCAUUCUUCUUUGACACAGGAGGAAGAAGGCUCUGUUAUCUUGCACCCGAGAGAUUUUAUGAGCAUGGAGGCGAGGUGCAAGUUGCUCAAGAUGCACCCCUAUUGCCGUCCAUGGACAUAUUUGCUGUAGGGUGCGUCAUUGCGGAGCUUUUUCUUGAGGGUCAGCAACUGUUUGAACUCUCCCAGCUUCUUGCUUAUCGUAGAGGACAAUACGAUCCUAGCCAAUAUCUUGAAAAGAUCCCAGAUUCUGGAAUCCGCAAGAUGAUACUGCAUAUGAUCCAGUUGGAGCCUGAGGCACGUCUUUCUGCUGAAAGCUACCUACAAGAUUAUGCAGCUGUUGUGUUUCCAAGCUACUUCUCACCCUUUCUGCAUAAUUUUUACUGCUGCUGGAAUCCACUUCAUUCUGACAUGAGGGUUGCAAUAUGCCAGAGUGUUUUCCAUGAGAUACUUAAGCAAAUGAUGGGAAACAGGACAAGUGAGGUGGCUGGCACCAGACGAGACAUGUUUGCAAAUAGUUUGAAUGGGAAACUAUCAGAAGAGAUGGUUGAAAAACAAAACUUGGACUCGACAAGUCAUUGGAGAAACAGAGAGAGAAUAGAAAAUGGUUUAAGUUGUCAACAGUACAAUCUUCUUGGAGAUAUCAAUAGCCUGCUUGGGGACGUAAAACAAAGUAGUGGGUAUUAUAGUGCGAAAUUGAUGCCUGAUAGUGCACCUGGUUCUGAAUUUUGCCAGGAUCUCAAGCAAUGCAGCACCAAAUCUCCUGAUGAGCUUCUUCAAACUAUCUCAAAUGCAUUUAGGAGAAAUGAUCAUCCAUUUCUGAAAAAAAUUACAAUGGAUGAUUUGAGUUCAUUGAUGUCUGAGUAUGACAGUCAAUCAGAUACCUUUGGUAUGCCUUUUUUACCGUUACCUGAAGAUAGCAUGAAAUGUGAAGGUAUGGUUCUGAUUGCCUCUCUGCUAUGCUCUUGCAUACGUAAUGUCAAGUUGCCACAUUUGAGGAGAGGAGCUAUACUUUUAUUGAAGUCUUGUUCAUUAUAUAUUGAUGAUGAAGAUCGCUUACAGCGUGUGCUGCCAUAUGUUAUUGCAAUGCUUUCGGAUCCAGCAGCAAUAGUGCGUUCUGCUGCCUUGGAAACCUUGUGUGACAUUCUGCCUUUAGUUCGUGAUUUUCCUCCUAGUGAUGCAAAGAUUUUCCCUGAGUAUAUUCUUCCAAUGCUUUCCAUGCUUCCUGAUGAUCCCGAGGAAAGUGUGAGAAUAUGUUACGCCAGCAAUAUAGCGAAGCUGGCUUUAACUGCUUAUGGGUUCUUGAUUCAUUCAAUAAGCUUGAGCAAGGCAGGUGUUCUUGAUGAAAUGAGUUCACCACAGAAUUCGAUGGCAUCAUUUAUUGAAAGACCUGGGCAGCUGCAGAGAGUAAAUAAUGAUGCGCAGUUGUCACAGCUGAGGAAAUCAAUUGCUGAGGUUGUUCAGGAACUUGUCAUGGGUCCAAAACAAACUCCAAAUAUCAGGAGAGCACUCCUUCAGGACAUUGGCAAUCUGUGCUUCUUCUUUGGCCACAGACAAAGCAAUGACUUUCUGUUACCAAUCCUUCCUGCAUUUCUCAAUGAUCGAGAUGAGCAACUAAGGGCAUUAUUCUAUAGCAAGAUUGUAUAUGUCUGCUUCUUUGUGGGCCAAAGAAGUGUGGAAGAAUAUCUUUUACCUUACAUUGAUCAGGCCUUAAGUGAUCAAACUGAGUUUGUCAUUGUAAAUGCAUUAGACUGCUUGGCAAUUUUGUGUGAACGCGGCUUCCUACGGAAGCGGGUACUGCUUGAAAUGAUAAAGCAUGCCUUUCCAUUGUCAUGCUAUCCUAGUCAAUGGGUUAGAAGGUCAGCUGUCUCUUUCGUUGCUGCCUGCAGUGAGAGUUUAGGAACAGUAGAUUCAUAUGUUUUCCUAGCACCAGUUAUACGCCGGUUCCUUUGCAGACAUCCAGCUUCUCUAGCUUCAGAGAAGUCUCUACUUUUAUGUUUGGUUCCUCCAGUUACAAGACAGGAGUUUUACCACAACUUAGAAAAUGCCCAGAGUUCAGACAUGUUAGAGAGACAGAGGAAAAUAUGGUACAAUCCAUCAGCCCAGUCAAAACAAUGGGAACCUGAUGAUUUGCUCAAGGGAGAAGAUAAGGAACCGAAUUCAGUGAAGAGUUGGCCUGAAAAGGAAUCAAGUCCUGAGGAUCAAAAUCAUGAUGCUGAUAGAUUGGAACAGCCAGAGGAUGGUGAUGCAAAGUUAAUAGCUAUGGGCUUUAUGGCCAAUGCUUCCAGCAAAGUCGACAUUCGUGAUGCCCUGUGCUCAGAGAAGUUGCAAUUCUCAGGUUGUAUGUCCCCUCAGUUUAGUGGUGUGAAUAGCUUUUUACAUGAUAAAUCCUCAGAAGGCAUACCCUUAUACUCCUUUAGCAUGGACAGGCGAGCAGUUAAAUUUCCUCCAGCAACAUCUGAUUCUUCGUUGCAAAUGAACUCCCUUGCAUUCAGUUCAUCAUUCAUGCCCUGGGUGGAUCCAGGAAUUAAAUCAUUUAGCCUGGCUAGUUCUGUUCCUGCACCUAAGCUGGUUUCAGGUUCAUUUAGCAUUACAAAUGGUUCUAAACCAUUUUAUAGAGUGGUACAUGAACCAGAAAGCAGAGAAAAUGAGCAAACAUCAUUCUUUAAUGGUAAAUAUCAAGAUAUGGGAUUAUAUGGAACUUCAAAAGGAAGUUCUUUUACGGUGGAAGAUGCCCCCCCAACAGAUCUAACUGGAUUGCCGUUAUUUGCACGGGCUGCUUCAAUUCCUGAUUCAGGUUGGAAACCUCGUGGGGUGUUGAUUGCGCACUUGCAGGAGCACCGGUCUGCCAUCAAUGACAUUGCAGUUUCAAGUGAUCAUAGCUUUUUUGUGAGCGCAUCUGAUGAUUCAACUAUCAAGGUGUGGGAUUCAAGAAAAUUGGAGAAGGACAUCUCAUUUAGAUCAAGGUUAACUUAUCACCUGGAGGGGAGUCGAGCGCUAUGCACUGUUAUGCUUCACAACAUAGCUCAAGUUGUUGUUGGAGCAUGUGAUGGCACAAUUCAUAUGUUUUCUGUUGAGCACAUGUCCAGAGGCCUUGGUAAUGUUGUUGAGAAGUAUUCAGGGAUUGCUGAUAUAAAAAAGAAGGAUAUCAAGGAAGGUGCCAUUCUUAGUCUUUUGAACUACACCAGUGAUAACAGUGAUGGCCAGAGUGUUAUGUACAGCACCCAAAAUUGUGGGAUCCAUCUCUGGGAUAUCAGGGCCCAUUCAAACGCCUGGACAUUAAAAGCAGUUCCUGAGGAAGGCUACAUAUCGUCUCUGGUUACAGGUCCUUGUGGAAACUGGUUUGUCUCAGGCUCUUCCAGGGGUGUGCUAACACUUUGGGAUCUGAGGUUCCUUAUCCCUGUAAACUCAUGGAAGUAUUCUCAUGUAUGCCCUGUAGAGAAGAUGUGCCUCUUUGUUCCUCCUCCAAAUGUCACUGUAACCAGCACUGCAAGACCACUCAUAUAUGUUGCUGCAGGGUGUAAUGAAGUUUCUCUUUGGAAUGCUGAGACUGGGAGCUGCCACCAGGUCAUGAGGGUUGCAAAUUAUGACAACGAAGAAAUUUCUGAUAUACCAUGGGCCUUGGCCAGGCCAUCCAGUAAGACAAAUCUUAAACUAGAUGUGAGGCGGAAUGUCAAACCAAAGUACAGAGUCGAGGAGCUUAAUGAACCGCCUCCUCGUUUUCCUGGUAUUCGUGCGAUGCUUCCCUUACCAGGUGGUGAUUUGUUGACUGGGGGAACUGAUUUGAAGAUACGUAGAUGGGACCAUUUGAGCCCUGACCGGAGCUAUUGUAUUUCUGGGCCAAAUUUGAAUGGAGCUGGGAAUGAUAAUCUGUAUGAAACAAGGUCGAGUGUUGGAGUGCAAAUUGUACAGGAGACUAGAAGACGACAUUUAACAGCCAAGCUGACAGCGAAGCAAGUUCUUGCAGCUGCAGCUACUGAUUCUGCUGGUUGCCACCGAGAUGCCAUUCUCUCUUUGGCUUCUGUCAAGUUGAACCAGAGACUUUUGAUUUCAAGUAGCAGAGAUGGGGCUAUCAAGGUUUGGAAGUAAAUGAAGUACGCAUAAAAGUUUAUUUUCGUACAUAUAAUGCUAGUUCAAAUUGUACAUAGAACAUUAAGAUAGGAAAAAAUGGUUAAAUUAUAAUCUGGUGUUGAAUUUAAUGUCCAACCAUGGGCAUAUACUCUCUCUUCUCGGUUGCUCUUUCAUUUUUUCAAAUUGUGCUCUUCUAAGCUUGUAGGAAUUCUAGAUGAUAUGUAUUGUUAACCUGCUCACUACUCUCGGGUAGGUUAACUCUGUACCCAUAUGUAAUGGGACAUAAAAUACCCCUAUCUAUCAUCAUCCACUUCAAAUCAAAUUCAAUAAACUGGUCUAUCAAAUGAAAA